AUGGCUAGCAAACUAGAAAGAAGAAGUACAAUGAGUCCAAACAAAAUUGAAAGACAACGAACUAAGAGUCCAAGGCCAAAAUCAAACUACGCUGCUUCCUUACGUUUGAAACACAACAACAUGAAAAGUCUGGAUGUUUACAAAGCUUCAUCGGUUGUUAGUAAAAUGAGAAGUAGAAGUAAAACAAGAAAGAAGACUCCAGUACUUAAAGUAGAAAGUCCUCCUCCUCCCCCAUCACCACCACCAAUACGUACACCAACACCUGAGCCUGAGCCAGAGCCUGAACCUGAACCAGAAAUUGAGCCAGAACCCGAACCCGAACCCGAACCCGAACCUCCAGUUGACCCUCUUGAACAUUUCACAACUUGCCAAGUUUGUAAGUCACCUUUUGUUGAUCCUAAAACCCUCUCCUGCUUACACACAUUCUGUAAAUCGUGUUUGUUUUACGAGUGGCCGGAUUGCGAAGGAAAGAAAACAGCAAAUUGCCCGUCGUGUAAUGAAGGAUUCGAGGUAACCAACGCCGACGAAGAGCUUGAACCUACUCCGUUUGUGAAGAGAAUGAUUCAAAUUAAGACUAUCGAAGACCUGACAAAAAACUUAGAGAUGAGCGGGGAUAAGAAUACGGAAUUCGCACAAGCU